CGAAGUGUGCGUUCGAGUGUGCAACAUCACCGGCUGCUCCCUCUGCGAAACAGUAGCUCCCUCAGCGAUGGCCAGUAAAAAGGCUCGACGGACCGACAGUGAUAUCGCUUGCGAAGAAGCGGCAAGGUUGACGGGAGACCAACAGGACGACCCGUCGCCGGAUGACGAUGAGGCAGGAUGCGAGUACCACGAUAUGCCGCCGCCACCGGAUGGCGGAUACGGCUGGGUGAUCGUGUUCGCCUCCUUCAUGUGCAACAUGAUCGUGGACGGUAUCGCGUACACGUUCGGUGUGUUCCUCAACGAGUUCGUCGUGUACUUUGGCGAAGGCAAGGGCACGGUGGCCUGGGUCGGUAGCUUGCUGAGCGGCAUGUACCUGAGCGCCGGUCCAGUGGUGUCGGCGCUGGCGAACAAAUUUGGUUGCCGAGCGGUGUGCAUAGCGGGCGCCAUCAUCUCGUCGUCGGCCUUCGCCCUCAGUACGCUCAGUACCUCCGUCACGAUGCUGAUGCUGACGUACGGUGUUAUGGGUGGCAUUGGGUUCGGGCUGAUCUAUCUGCCGGCGGUCGUGGCCGUCGGGUAUUACUUCGAAACGAAGCGCUCCCUGGCCACCGGUAUCGCCGUGUGCGGGUCCGGCUUCGGAACGUUCGCGUUCGCCCCGCUCGCCAACAUGCUGCUGGCGAACUUUGACUGGAAAAACGCCAACCUCAUUCUGGCCGGACUGAUUCUGAACUGUGCCAUUUUUGGUGCCAUGAUGCGGCCACUAACUUACCCGAAGGAGGACAAGGUGAAGCCCCUGAUGCAGCGGAUGUACGAGGAGAAGCGCCUGCAGAUGGAGCGCGGCUCGAUCGGUGGCUCCUACUUCAUGGUGCAGCUACCGGACGGCACGAUGGAGAAAAGACUGAAAGCCCCGCUGAAUGCCGAUCCGGGCGUACACUCGAGCCUGGCCCUCGACCAGCUGGCCCAGCAGCAGGGCAUGCAUCCCGUCGCGACGCUGCCGACCAUCUCGGAGUUCAAGACGCAGGAACAGAACGGCAGCAGCGGCUCGUCGUCCGAGUCGAGCCAGCUCGAGAUGAAGAAACCGCUGAACAAGAAGCGCAACACCAACUCCGAGUCGGACGCGGCCGACUAUGGGGCGGACAAUAUGCCCCGCAAUGCCUCACAGCCUGCCUUCACUAGCCACCAGUCAGGUAUCCCGAAGAACGGGUCCGUACCGACGUUCGAUCGCGUCCGUAAGCACUCGACCGGCGAACGGUUCAAGCCGUCGUUGGCGGCCAUCAAGGCGAGCUCGCGCGGUGACGUCGGGAGCAACGGUGACGUACGUAAAACCUCCACCCCGCAGCUCAGAAACUCGCGUGGCUCAGUCAGUGGCAGCAAGAAUAAUAACGCUGAGGAAUUCGACGAUGGCAGCAUGUUUACCUCGAAGGCAUCGCUGAAAGCGGACCGUCCCAUGAUGGUCCGCCCGUUGUCCCGCAAGGAUAUCUUCUACUCCGGUUCCGUUACCAACCUGAAGGAGUUCCAGUCGCAGAAGUCGCUCACCAACUACCGCAACUCGGUUGUUUCGUUAACCAAGUUCGAAAAAGAGCACCGCAACGACGUCCGGGAUGAUGUGGAAAAGGGCCGAGAAGAACAAUAUGAUCUCUGCCCGUGUCUGGUGUUGCCGGAAUCGUUCAAGAACGCAAUCGGUGCCAUGAUGGACGUCAGUCUGCUGCGCGAUCCCGUCUUCAUGAUGAUCGGUGUUUCAAACAUCUUCGGUAUGGCCGGCCUGUACGUCCCGUUCGUCUACCUGGUAGAUGCCGCCGUCCUGGAUGGAAUUGAACAAAACUCUGCCUCGUUCCUUAUCUCGAUCAUCGGUAUUACGAACACGGUUGGUAGGAUCGUGUGCGGCUACGUCGCUGACUUCCCGAAGGUGGACGCGCUGUUCCUUAACAAUAUCUGUCUAGUCAUCUCCACGAUAGCGGUCGCGUUGACGCCAUUCUGCCACAGUUACGCCUCGUACGUGGUAAUGGCCAUCGCAUUCGGUAUUGCCAUCGCUGGGUACAUUUCGCUUACGUCAAUUAUUCUGGUCGAUCUGCUCGGUCUGGACAAGCUGACCAACGCGUUCGGUUUGCUGAUUCUGUUCCGUGGUGCGGCCACGAUCGUCGGCUCUCCGUUGGCCGGUGCCCUCUACGACGCCACUCAGUCGUACUCGAUACCGUUCUUCGUAGCCGGUGCACUGUUUGCACUGUCGGCCAUCACUAGUUUCUCUGCACCCGCCAUGAAAAGAUUCCGCAAGCAAGCCGACGCCCCGGUACAUGUCGAGGUGCUGACUCCGAUCGACGAGGAGCCCUCGGAGGAUAUGGGCGAUGACGAUGAACCGAUCACGAUGGUACCAAAGAUUAUACAAACCGCACCAAGCCCGUCCACCGAACAGCCCGUCACCUCGAACAUCACCUCCACGACCACCAUCAACAACGACGAUCGCAAGCAGCCCCAAUCGAACGGUGGUGCGAAGGAAACGGACAAAGAAGUGAGCCAGAUGGAGUCGGUAGUGUAACGCACGCACGCAGCAUGUAGUCGGAGGUCGGUUGGUCGGUGGGCCGGGUGAGAUGAUGUUCCAGAGUGCCACAGAUGCCAGCCGGCGGUGGGUUUUCUAGUAGUGCGCGGCUCCACGACGUCCAUUAGUGGAGUUGAACGCUGUUUCCGCCAUCAUAUUGCUCCCGUACGCGGUUUGCUUCGAGCUCUAUUGCCAAUUCCGUUCGCGCUCAGUAGUAGUGGUAGUAGAGUAGUCGUAUCUGGUCUGGUGACGAGAGGAAUCUUAAGGCACAACCGUGUUGCAAGGGAUGUUCAUGGAUGAAAAGGGGGAACCGGGAAACGGUUUCGGCGUCGGUUUCUCGCCGUCACCUGACGGACGAUUCCCGGAGUCCCGUUUUCAUCCAGCUAGUGUUAGUCUUACAUGAUUACAUCUAAUGAACAAAUUGUUUUGAUUAUGUUAUUUUUAAUUGAAACAUGUAUGUUUUAUGUAGCCGCGAGCGAGCCUAGCGCGGGACGGGAGUCGCACUUACGUUUAAACGUAGUGUAGGGAAAGAAGCGCGUAAGAAAGAACCAAUGCUAUUCUGCCUAGGAAGUAAAAAGAGUAACAGUAUGCGAACCGAGCGAGGGACGAAAACUACCGGCGAUAGUACCCGUACAUUAUUUUAACAAACAUAGUGUCAUAGUAAGGGACCGUGAUUAACGUGUCUAAUGGAUGUGAAUGAAUGGGAACACUGUGUAGUGUGACGCAGAGCGCUGAUAAUGUAAAAAAAACGAAUCGCAGAUACAUGUGCGGCUUAGAACCAGCGGCAAAGUGACUAUUUUACUUUAGAGUUGUUUCGUUAACGUAUAUUCUGUUAUGCUUAUAAUUUCUUUCUACACCAAUUUUCACGCACAUUCACCUUUCCCCUAUUCUCAGUGCGGUUUUAUUCGUUCGUUUUGUUUCUCUUUUAGAAAGCAGCGCGCGCCAUUAAAGUUACUCGGUACUUAGAUGCUGCAUUAGAAUCAAGAAAGACCAAGAAAAGUAGGCGAAGCAAACCAUUCACACCAGACUCACGCCCAUGUAGCCCAUGAAAAACUUGGUUCAUGGCAAAACAAAUACUUGCAAAUAUUGGACGUCUCCUUUGGCUUAACCAUGCGCAGUAGUCAUUUGCUGCUUCCAAGGCAGCAGUGCAAAGAGACCAACAUACAAACAAUAAAAACCAUCCGCCAGCGAAUCGCAUUGCAGCACUAGAGCGCAGCAUAACCUGCUCCUCACAAGCAACCUAUUACCAACAGAACAGAUCGCAGCAAACCAUAGAAAAAGGGCAAAGAUAGGAAACAUUAAUGCCAAAAUGCAUUAAACUAAGUAGCAACACGAAAGAGAGAUAAAUGGGGAAAAAACACAAAAGUCCUACGUAGUAGAUGUGUUGUGUAAUGUGUAAUAAAAAGAAAGGGAAAACAAUUGAGUAUUAGCUUCAUAUGAGUUGUAAAUAAGUGUCGCGGCAAAAGAACUGGAAGAAGGAAGCAAACCAGAGACGGAGAGACAAAGUUGUUAGGGUUUUCAAAUUGCAGCGCACCGCGCGUUGCGUGCGUACGCGGGCACUUACUGCACUCCAGUCCUUACUGCAAAACGCAAACAUCUCUGCCUUUUGCCGAAAAGCUUACAAAACGCGCGAGCCCACAAACCACCACACUCUUACCAGUAGUAAAAUAAUAGCAAAACGAAACGACAAACGUGACACAAUAGUGUCCCCAAGCUAGUUCAAUCAGACCGCUACAUCCGGGGCCGUGCUCCGUGCACACGGUGACGUAACAGAGCCCGUAACAAAAGCUUUUGCUUCGAGCGCCGUAAACAGAACCGUGUAGACGUUAGAAUCGUCGACCCACAAAAACUCCUUUUAUUUUGAUGGUAGCAAGAGACCCGAGAAGGCGUGUAGUUAAGCACCAAACUUUCGGCGGGGACCGAUGGGCCGCUAGUUAAAUUGAAAUCGAUUGUUUCUGACAAUGGACGAGAGUUUAGAGUGGUGGGAAGGAAAAUUAUAACAUUUCACACGAAACACAUCAUAACGACUUACGACGACGAUAUCAUUUACAUCGAGCUUUCCCUAUCGAUCGGCCAAGCGGAGGUCACUCUUGUGGCUGCCCGCUUUCUACCCACCCCGAUUUCUAGUUAAGAAAUGAUGCGUUCCAAAAGUGAAGAAUCCCUUUUUAAGAACUUUUUCUAUCCGUGCGACACAUAUCAGGAAAGGUGAGACCCGCUUUAGCGAACCGUUGUGCUAGUGGAUUUGUUGAUUGGAUAUUCUCCGUUUUAAGUGAUACUCUUUCCGGCACCCUUUAAGAUGUAUUUUAUCCUUUUUAUCAUCGACAGUGUUUGACAGUGAUCACGUUAAAGGUUUGAGGCCCAAAGUUAAAUGAUUUUAAAGAAUGCCCAUUGCUCCCCGGCGCGUUAGUUUGGUGUUGAAACGGGUCAAGGAGGGUACCGAAGCUACACAUUAAUGUCAGGGAACCCUUUUCAAUGCCAGUACAAGAAGCAGCAACAGCACGCACGCAGCAAAAGUAGCAGCGAAGUUCGGAGCAGAACCGUUUAUGAUGCCGUUAGUAACAAGCGGACAAAACCAAUGUUGUUGAAAUAAAGUUGAUAAUAAUA